AUGGGUUCCACCUGUUGUAGGUAAUCUGAAAUCAAAAUUGCUAAUCAAGAAUCUGAAUUCAUGGAUAUCUUUGAUAUGAAAAUUGAUUAAGAAAUUUAUCCCUUAAAAGUUCAUAAAGGCUUCAGAAAUAUUCUUAAAAAAAAGAAGUAAAUGAAGUAAAUUGAUGAGGACUCCUCUCUUACUUUUCUCUAAAAUGAAUUGAGUAAAUAUACUAAACAUCAUGAUUUCAACUAAACAAUUAUUUAUUCAGAAUAUGUGUAAUAAUAAGAAAACGUGUAAAUUAAAAUACAGAAGCUGAAAAGCAUAAUUAAACCUCGUACAUUAUAUCAUUCGACAUCAUCUAGUACAAGACCCAAUUCUUAAUUAAAAUACUAAGAAAAUUAAUUUAAACGAAGAUAAAGAAUACGUUCUGAAAAAAAAGUAAGGUUUAAGAUUCCAAAAUAACAUAAGAAACCUUCACAUUCUUGCUCAAUAUCAAAUUAUAGAUCUGGAAUUCAAAUAAAUUUAAUUAACUGUCAUCAAACUCGAAUUGGAUUAUUUUGA